AUGAGCGCCUCUUAUCCGUCAUGGAAAGAUCGAACACAGAACCAGUUUGGAAAACUUCAGAUCCAAGUGCCAUGGCGCUCAUUCCAGCUCCUUGUGCCGCAUCGCAUGCGUCGCAAGCUCCGGUCCAAGCUCCGGAGCCGCCUCUCGCCCGCCUCGUCCAUCUCGAGAAUGCAAACCUCCUUUUCGCCCAUCGACACUCUCAGAUCACUGCAGUCACAUCGAUGGACCAUAUAUGACUUCCAAUACCUAUUACUCCUGAUCGUGGGCAUCUUCUCCUUGACGAUCAUCCAGUCUCCUGGUCCGCUGGGCAAAACGGCGAUCGCCACUGGGCUUUUGUGCUCGCUUCUAAUGCCGGUCACGCGGCAAUUCUUCCUACCUUUCCUCCCUGUUGCAGGUUGGCUCAUUUUCUUCUAUGGAUGCCAGUUCGUUCCUAGCGACUGGCGUCCCGCCAUUUGGGUUCGGGUGCUACCGGCCAUGGAGAAUAUUCUGUAUGGUGCCAACAUUAGCAACAUCCUCUCGGCGCACCAAAAUGUGGUGCUUGACGUUCUGGCUUGGAUUCCCUACGGACUCUGCCAUUACGGAGCCCCAUUCGUUGUUUCAUUGUUCCUUUUCUUCUUCGGUCCCCCGGGGACCACCCCUCUGUACGCUCGGACUCUCGGCUACAUCAGCAUGCUUGCUGUCUUCAUCCAGCUGGCUUUCCCUUGCUCGCCACCCUGGUAUGAAAACCUCUAUGGUCUGGCCCCGGCCGACUACUCCAUGCAGGGAAACCCUGCCGGUCUUGCGCGCAUUGACAAGCUGCUCGGUAUCGACCUUUACACCUCAGGCUUCAAACAAUCGCCGGUUGUUUUCGGUGCCUUCCCUUCGCUCCAUGCUGCCGACUCUACCCUGGCAGCAUUGUUCAUGAGCCACGUCUUCCCGCGACUGAAGCCCCUCUGGGUCACAUACACCCUCUGGAUGUGGUGGGCUACCAUGUACCUUUCUCAUCACUACGCCGUCGAUCUGGUCUGCGGUGGUCUGCUCGCCACCAUAGCCUUCUACUUCGCCAAGACCCGGUUUCUGCCGCGUGUCCAGGCGGACAAGAUGUUCCGCUGGGACUAUGACUACGUCGAGAUCGGUGACUACUCUCGCGAAUUCGGGUAUGACCUUGCCAGCUUGGAUGGUGAUUUCAACCUGGACAGCGAUGAGUGGACCGUGGGCUCUUCUUCGUCUGUCUCGUCGGGUUCUUUGAGCCCUGUAGACGACCACUACACGUGGGAAAGCGAGCACCAGCACCUCACCUCGAACCACGACCUCGAGGCUGGACGCUGA